GUAUAAAGGGGGAGGUGAGUGGUGGAGAAGUAGAGCUACUGCAGGAGUAGGCAGCAGGGUGUGAGCUGGCAGAACCCCUCAGAGGCAGAACAUGGCAGAGAAAGGAAACCCCCUCAUUGUAGGGGUGCUGAUUCUGGGGAACCUCAUCAUCCUGAUGUGCGGCAUCGCGCUCUAUGCCGAGACGGUGUGGGUCACAGCCGACCAGUACAAGGUGUACCCCAUCCUGGGCGUGUCGGGCAAGGACGACGUCUACGCGGGUGCCUGGAUCGCCAUCUUCUGCGGCUUCGCCUUCUUCUGCCUUGGUGUCUUCGGCAUCGUGGCCCUGGCACGGGGCCGCCGCCUGCCGCUCAUGCUGUACUUGGUGUUGAUGCUGAUUGUCUACAUCUUCGAAUGCGCCUCCUGCAUCACGUCCUACACCCACCGGGACUUCGUGGUCUCCAAUCACAGGAUGGUCACCAAGCAGAUGCUGACGUUCUAUGCGGCCCCCACAGCCCAGGGCCGGGAGCUGACCCGCAUGUGGGACCGGAUCAUGAUGGAGCAACAGUGCUGCGGCGCGACAGGGCCCCUGGACUGGGUGAACCACACGUCUGCCUUCCGCUCGCUGUACCCCGAGGGGCUGGCGCCCUGGCCCUUCCUCUGCUGCAAGCGCGACCCCAACUUCGUCAUCCUCAGCCCAGAGGGCUGCCGCGUGGGGCACGUGGAUUAUAUCAACACCAAGGGCUGCUUUGAGCACAUUGAAAACUGUCCAGUGAUGCUCUUGGCCAUGUACCACUACACCACGUUGUGA